AUGUUUCCUCCUCGGUGUUCCUCCGGCCGGCGCCCCCCCCUCGGCCCGGCCCUGUGGCUGCUGGCCUGUGCGGGCUGCCUGCUGGCCCGGUCCGGAGCCCAGGAGGCGGGCAGCUCCGGCUCCAGCAGCAGCCUGUGGUACCAGGAUCUGUGCAGUUAUAAAUGGGAAGCUAACGACGGCGUUAACAAAGUGAGCUACACGUUGAAGCUGUGCGAGUCUUCCCCCCCGACCAGCUGCGGCCCCAGCGCCGCCGUCUGCGCCCUGGACCUCGUCUCCAACACCAAACAGUCUGUGGGUGAGCUGUCGCUGCAGAGGCUCUCUGGCGCCGUGCUGGAUUUCAACAGCACAACGAAAUGUCCAGGAAACAAAAACAACAUUCAGACGAGCAUCAGCUUCCAGUGCGGCAAGACCAUGGGGACCCCGGAGUUUGUUGCUGUGUCCCAGUGCGUCCACUACUUUGAGUGGAGGACGUUCAGCGCCUGCAAGAACGGCAAAUUCAAGCCGCACAAAGAGGUGCCCUGCUACGUGUUUGACUCCGAUGGGAAGAAGCACGACCUGAACCCGCUGAUCAAAGUGAACGAUGGUUAUCUGGUGGACGACGGAGACGACACCAUCGACUUCUACAUCAACAUCUGCCGCAGUCUCAACCAAGCAGAUAAACCCUGUCCCGAGGGCUCGGCAGCUUGUCUGGUCACCAGUCAGGGCUCCUUCAGCAUGGGCUCUCCCACCAAACCACUGGAACUGGUGGACAGCGACAGUCUGAGGUUGCAGUACGAAGUGAGCGCUGGUUCGACUCCUCCUGAAAUCUGCAAGGGACACAGUCCUGCCGUCAGCAUCACGCUCAUCUGUCCGUCCAGCAGACAUUCAGGCAGUCCUCCUAAGAUGACGGCGGAGUCUCACUGCCGCUACGAGGUGGAGUGGGUGACGGAGUACGCUUGUCACAGAGACUAUCUGGAGAGCGCCAGCUGCAAACUGACCAGUGACCAGCACGACAUCUCUAUAGACCUGACUCCUCUCACUCUGAGCUCCUCUGACCCGCAGUACUACGCACAUUCUGAUGCCAGUGACGGGUCUGAAAACUACGUGUACUACCUGAGCGUGUGUGGACAGAUCCUCAACAAGGAGUGUGGUGACGGGCCGUUCAUAUCCUCCUGCCAGGUGAAGAAGAGCCCGCCCAUGAGCAAAGUGGCUGGAAGGAACAAGAACCAGACGUUACGUUAUUCAGAUGGAGAUCUGACUCUGAUCUACCCAGACGGGGACAGUUGCUCCUCUGGCUUACAGAGAAUGACCAUCAUCAACUUCGAGUGCAGCAACAAUGCAUCCAACGGCGGCCGAGGGAAUCCCGUGUUUGCCGGAGAGACGGACUGCACCUACUACUUUGACUGGGAGACGUCCUUCGCCUGUGUGAAGGAAAAGGAGGAUCUGCUGUGUCGGGUCAGAGAUGGACACAAACACUACGACCUCUCACCUCUCACACGAUACCCUGAGACAGACGACAGUGGGAACUGGGAGGCGGUGGACGCCAACUCUCCAAAGCCGGACUCACGCUUCUACCUGAACGUCUGUCACAAAGUCGUCCAGACAGGAGGAGCCGUCGGCUGCCCGGUGAACUCCUCCAUCUGUGUCGUGGAUAAGGAGCAUGGGCCCAUCAGCCUGGGAAGCUUCCUCUCGUCGCCCCAGAAGACAAAAAUAGGGAACGACAUCCAACUGGUUUAUACUGAUGGGAGUUUCUGCGUCAAUAAAAAGACCCGGAUCCAAACUAUCCUGACCCUCAAGUGCAAACCAGGAGAUCUCGAGAGCGCUCCCGUCCUUCGCAGUGUCUCCAACGACGGGUGUGUGUACGAGUUGGAGUGGUACACUGCCGCCGCCUGUGUGCUCUCGAAAACUCAGGGAGACAACUGCAAGGUGGAGGAUCCUCAGGCUGGCUUCUCUUUCGACUUGUCGCCUCUCUCUAAAAAUGGCAGCUUCUACAACCUGACCAGUGGAAACUACGACUACUACAUCAACGUGUGUGGCCCCGUCAAAGCUGCCGACUGUCCGGGGAAGGCCGGAGCGUGCCAGGUUGAAAAGAGUUCGUGGAAUCUCGGGGAUGCAAACGCUCAUCUGUCGUAUUACGACGGCCUGAUCCAGUUGUCGUACACCAACGGCUCCCAGUACAACAACAAGGAACACACACUCAGAUCCACGGUCAUCUCCUUCCUCUGCGAUCCAGAAGCAGGAGCUGGAAACCCCGAGUUCCAGGCCGAAGACAAGUACACGUAUAACUUCCGCUGGUACACAUCCUACGCAUGUCCCGAAAGGCCCCACGAGUGUUUGGUGACAGAUCCCAACACCUUUGAGCAGUACGACUUAUCCAGCCUGUCUCGCUCCAGCACCAGUGACAACUGGCAGCCCAUGGAUUUGUCCAACCAGAAGAAGUACUACAUCAACAUUUGCCGGCCGAUCAACGCUGUGCCCGGCUGCGACCGCCACGCGUCCGCCUGCCAGAUGAAGUUCGUGUCCAAGCAGGGCUCCAGGAAGGAGGUUGUGUCCAUCAGCAACAUGGGGAUUUCCAAGGGAGGCCCGAUCAUCGAGGGGCGGGACCGGCUGCUGCUGGAGUUCACAGACGGAUCCGUGUGCAUGUCUGACGGCCAAAAGCUCACAUACACCACCCGCAUCCACCUGGUCUGCUCCCGGGGGGCUGGGUCGACCGGCCCACGGUUCCUCAUGAUCCAGAACUGUACGGCCAACUUCAUGUGGGAGACCCCGGCAGCCUGCGCCAUCAGAACCACCAAGAACAAUAGCUGUGCUGUAACAGACCCCAACACCGGCUUUGAGUUCAACCUGCAGCUUCUGGCUUCAGAGACGGGAUACAAGACGACUGCAAACGGGAAGGACUUCCUGGUGAACAUCUGUGCAGAGGUGGCACAGUGCGGAGCUGGCAUGGCCGGCUGUGAGCUGGAGGAGGGGCAUCCCUCCAGCCCAGUGGGGGUGGAGAAGUCCCUCCAGUACUCCACCGAUGGGCUGCUCCAACUCACGUACAAGGGGCCGCUGGACGAUCCCACAGCGAGUCGAGACACGUUCACCAUUAAUUUCGUGUGUGAUCAGAACUCUCACCCGGGCUCGUUGAAGCUGGUGCGAGAGGGAUUGAACUCGCUGGCCACCCACGGGGUCCACGACGUCCUCUUCGAGUUCUCCACCGCUCUGGCCUGUGUCCCUGCUCCAGUGGACUGCCAGUUCAGUGAUACUCAGGGUAAUAAGUACGACCUGAGUCACCUGACCCGGGACGGAGACGACAGCCCCUGGGUCGCCAUCGACACAGACUCGGUCAAAUCGCGCAGCUUUUACAUCAACGUGUGCAAACCUCUGCCUCCGGUGAACAAGUGUCCAAUCGGCCCGUUGGGAGCCUGCGGUGUGAUCGAUGGUAAAAGUUACAACCUGGGAUACGUGCUGUCGACUCCACAGGUGGCAGAGGACGGCUCCAUCAGCGUCCUCUAUCAGAACGGAGACCUGUGUGGAGCCGCCUCCCGAUACUCCACACGCAUCAUCCUGCAGUGUGACGACAAACCGGGCUCCCCCAUGUUCGACCGUAAAGAUGGUUGUGAAUACGUCUUCAUCUGGAGGACGUCUGAGGCCUGUCCCAUCAGGAAGUCUCAAGGUGAUCUGUGUCGGGUUCGUGACCCAAAGAGCGGCUACGAGUUUGACCUGAGCUCUCUGAAGGGACGUGAUUACCCCGUGAGGAGCGGACAGUACAUCUACCACCUGUCUGUCUGUGACGGGCUGCAGAGAGGCGUCUGCACCAAGAAAGACACCGGCAGCGAGACAGUGUCCUCCUGUCAGGCGGACGGAGACAAGCACAUGAUUGCAGGAAUGGCAAACCAGAUUCUGAGCUAUGUGGGAGACCAGCUGAUCCUGAACUACACCAACGGAGACACCUGUCAUAAGAUUUACCAAAGAUCCACAGAGAUCUACUUCUCCUGCCACCCCGACAGACAUCCGGGAGCGCCACAGUUCAUCAAGGAGACUCCAGACUGCACCUACCUGUUCAGCUGGCCCACCGCUCUGGCCUGCGUCCCAUUCAAAACCACCAGCUGCUCCUACAACGACGGUCAGGGCCACUCGUACGACCUCUCACCUCUGGCGUUGGACUCUGGGAACUGGGAGGUCGAGUCCUCGUCUGUGGACACGAGGAAUCGAUUCUACAUCAACGUCUGCAGGACGCUGACUCAGCAGGGAGGUUCCUGGAAGUGUCCCUCCAGUGCAGCGUCCUGCAUGAAGGUGGGACAGGACUAUGUGAGUCUGGGGCAGGUGGAGUCCGGUCCCACGUGGGACGGAAACGUCCUGAAGCUGCAGUACAGCAGUGGACAGGUCUGUCCCGAUGGACAGCGCAACAGGACGAGCAUCGUCCGCUUCAAGUGCGACAAAGACCGAGUGGACUCCCGGCCCACGAUGAUCUCUGCCCUUGAGGACUGUGUUUACACCUUCCUGUGGCUGACAGCUGCUGCCUGCCCUCUCAACAGCAGUGAGCACGACGACUGCAAGGUCACCAACCCAGCGACAGGUCAUCUGUUUGACUUGAGCGCCCUGACGAAGGAAGGCGGUUACACGGUCUACGAUCUCCAGGAUCAAAAAAAGAUCAUCCGCAUGAAUGUCUGUGGAAACAUGGCCAACGCCGGCUGCAGCCCUGAAACCGCCGUGUGCAUCAAGGACACCAGCACAGCGGUGAGCGGCGGUCAGGUGAGCAGGAAGCUGUCGUACAGGGAUCACGUCGUGGAGCUGACGUAUGAAGGAGGAAGUCCGUGUCCGGCAAACCCCGAACUCAAACACAGCAGCAUCAUCCACUUCAUCUGCAGACCACCGAACAUGGGCUCAGCCUCAGAAGAGCCGGUCCUCAUCAACUCGGAUGCUGAGACCUGCACACACUUCUUCUCCUUCCACACACCGCUGAUCUGUGAACAGCCUGUGACGUGUUCGGUGCAGAACGGCUCUGCUCUGAUAGAUCUGACUCCUCUGAUCCACGUCAAUGGAUAUUACACAGCCACAGAUGAGGCGAUGGGUCAAAAGGAUGGAGCUUCAGACUUUUACAUCAAUGUCUGUGUUCCUCUGAACCCGAUCCCCGGCGUCACCUGUCCUCCUGGAUCUGCCGUCUGUGUGGAUCCUGAUGACGGACCACCGAUGGAUAUCGGGCGAACGACCAAAGGGCCUGAGAUCGACAGCGUCACCGGGGACGUGAACAUCACCUACUACAGCUCCACCAGGUGUGAAGAGGACCCGUCCCAGAACUACUCUUCAACCAUCAUCUUCACCUGCCAGAGAGGCCUGGACCUGGGUUCUCCACGGAUGCUCAAGCUGGAGUGCGUCUAUCUGUUUACGUGGGCGACGCCUGUGGUCUGUCCUGACGCCACCAACACCAGCGGCUGCAAGCUCACCGACUCCCAGCUCAAGUUCACCUUUGACCUUUCGGGCCUUUCUGCUGAAGUCCAGGUGCCAGGACUUUCCAGCAUCUACCACGUCAGCGUGUGCGGCUCGGUGGCGGAGCCGGCCUGUAAGAGCAGCGCGGUCUGCCGAGUGACCGGCUCCGGCUCGGACACGCUGGCCUCCUCGUUCGGAAUCAGCAAGGCCAUGACCAUGGACUACAAGCACGAGGAGCAGGCGGUGCUGAUGCAGUACGGAGGAGGAGAUCCCUGUCCGCCAUUGACCUCUGAGGGUGAGGUGUGUGUGUUCCCCUUCAUCCACAUGAAGAAGUCGUACACAGAGUGCACCAAGGACGGGAGGACAGACGGCAGGAAGUGGUGCGCCUCCACCGCCAACUAUGACACGGACAGGAAGUGGGGCUUCUGCACUGCAGCCUCGGCCAAACGUCAGUCGUCCAUCUUGUUCACCUGUGACCAGUCGGCGGGCCACGGCUCUCCCCAGCUGGUCUCAGAGACGGCCGGUUGCUCCGUCACCUUCCAGUGGAAGACCAACGCGGUCUGUCCCCCGAGGAAGAUGGAGUGCAAGCUGGUCAGCCAGCAUCUGACCUUCGACCUCCGAGCCCUGUCCUCCCUCACCGAGCCCUGGAAGUUCAGCCACAAGGGAGAUUCGUAUUACAUCAACCUGUGCCAGGGGAUCCACGGUGGGUUACCAGCUUGUCCCGAUGGAGCGACCGUGUGUCGACGCACGGCAGCAGGAGUGACUCGGACCCUGGGUCGAGUUUAUACCCAGAAGAUGAGCUACUCUGAUGGAAAGAUCUCCGUCAGUUACUCAGCAGGAGACCAUGUCUGUGAUAACGGCGUGCAGGCGAAGACUGUGAUCCAGCUGAGCUGUGGCUCCACUGUGGGACACCCAGCACUCAUCAGUGUGGACGAGGCGUCCUGUGAGUUUGUGUUUGGCUGGGAGACUCGCUCGGCGUGUGCGGUGAAGCAGCGUGCGGUGGAGAUGGUGAACGGGACGAUACAGGUUCCUGACACCGGGGCCAGUCUCAGCCUGGGAUCCCUGUACUUCAGCCAACACCAGGCGUCUGGAGACAUCCGUCCCAACGGCGACCGAUACAUCUACCACAUCCAGUUGUCCGGCAUCACCAACAACUCACUGGGCAGCUGCCUGGGCGCCAACAUCUGCCAGUUGAAGCUCAACACGGCCUACAGGCGCAGGAUCGGCUCCUCCAGCAAAGCCAAGUACUACAUUCAAGGAGGAAACCUGGACGUGAUGGUUCCCUCGGAGUCGGCGUGUGGCCGCGAGAAAACCAAGAUGGUGUCCUCCACCAUCAUGUUCCACUGCAACCCGGCGGCAGGCGUCGGGAUCCCGGAGUUCAUGCUGGAGACGGACGAAUGCCAGUAUCUGUUUGUGUGGCACACGGAGGCAGUGUGUGGUCUGACAACCGUGGACGCGAAGUCGUACGCCGAGGACGAGGACGGCAGCGCGUCCAGAGCCGUCUCCAGGCGGAGCCAGGCCCUGGGGCUGCUGCUGAGCCUCCUGCUGGUGGGCGUGUCCGUCUGUCUGCUCGGGCUCCUGCUGCACAAGAGAGAGAGAAGGGAGCUGGUGAUCCAGAAGGUCGCCGGCUGCUGCAGGAGAGGAAACCAGGUCGCGUACAAAUACUCAAAGGUCAACAUCGAUGAUGAAGGGGGCGAGGAGGAGAUGGAGUGGCUGAUGGAGGAGCUGGACGCCCCCCCCACGUCCUCGUCCUCCCACCGGGGCCGGAGUCACCAGGGUAACGGUCACAUCAGGACCAAGCCGGUGAACACGGACGCCCUCCGCUCCUUCACGCUGGACGAGCAGGAGGACGACAGCGAGGACGAGGUGCUGAGCGUCCCGGGGGUGCAGGUGAUGAAGUCCAAGAACUCAGCGGCUCAUCGCAGCAUCUUCCUUCAGGAGGAGAGUGACGAGGACCUGGUGGGACUCCUGGACGAGUCGGACCGGAAGAGGAAGAGCAACAAGCCACGCCCCUCGGGCCGCAGCCACGCCCACAACACGGCGUCCAACGUGAAGCGGGACGAGGACGACAGCGACGAGGACCUCCUCAGGGUGUGAUGUCACCGCCUCACCCCGCCCCCCCGCCUCUGUCCCUCCUCCUCCGUCCUGUCUGAACUCUUCUCGCUCAGUGAAUGUCUCCAUCACAGCAACACAACAGAGAAAAACCCACAACAUCUGGAAAUCAGUUGUUUUUGUUUUGGACUGCACCUUCACUUUCCUCCUCAGUCCACAGCUCGUCCACCAAUCAGCUCACGGCUCCUUAUUUAUUGAUAGCUGAUUAUUUAAAGUGUCUUUUCACUUCCUUCAGUUCAGACUCCUCAAAUCAACCCAGGGCACAAAAAACACCUUUUUGAAAUGUAUUGACUCUGCAGAGAGACACGUCAGGGAAAAGAUUCAAGUGAAGAUUAAAUUAUAUUAAAUUCUUGUAUAUUAGUGUUUUAAAGGAAAGGCUGUGCCGUCGCUUUUUGCACUUUACCGUAGCACUGAAGACCUGGAAGUGAUCCUUUCUUUGCAGAGUGGGCGACAAUACAUUUACUACUUUGAGGGGUUGAUUCACAGUUUGGGUUUUAAAAUGACCUUUGGGAACUUUGGGGCCUUAUGAAGAGAAAAAUAAGACGAGAUCUCGAGGAUAACGUUGUAGUUGAGAGGAAAAUCUGAAUGUGAAGUUGAUGUUUUAACUUUAUUCUCUAAAUCUCCGAUGUUUCUUCUCUCGUGGCCGUAAUAAUCUGUAAUCUGCGGUGAAACAGUGAAACUAAAUCAAACGGCAGGAUUCAGGUUCAGGUUUCAGGACGGAGGCCGAGGAGCCGUGUCCUCGUGUCCUCGUGUCCUCGUCUCUAAAGGGAAGGAAGACGCCCGCUUGUCUUUUCUCGCUGUUUACAGUUGCUAUAAUAGCAGAUAUCUUUUUCCUCUUUCUUUCCCCCGUGAAAAGAAAGCGUGAUGCCUUCCUAAAUGAUGAAUUUACUUUUGCGUCCUCAUCAGUGAAUCAUCUCCAGCGACAGAUUGAUUUGUGAGACGUUGUACAUAAGACGAUAAUGUUCAAUAAUAAUGUGGGAUUUUGUUUUUUCUGUUCUCGUUUGUCCUCACCGGUGAAAUGCUCACACGUUUUGUUUUUAUGAUUAUUUAAAUGUCGGAGCUGAUUUUCUGUCGGUGUCUCUGUUCUGUGUGGAACUAGCGACGGCCUUAAGUGUGAAUGGACGGAGGGCGGAAGGUUUGAAAGUGAAACGUGAGAUGUUAGUUUAGCUCGUGUUGGUUUUCUGAACUCCCGCUAAAGCCAUAUUCCUUCAGCCAACAACGCAUGGAGGUAGUUUUCUUUAUUUUUUUUUGUCCGCUUGCGCGCUCGUACACGAACGGCUCAGUUUCCAUAUCCAGGUCUGUGAAGGUGGACGUGUCAAACGUGAGGUUUGAACUCGGUAAAACCAAGUUUUGUGCUGAAAUCUGUCCUUUGUUUUUGCCAAAUGCAUGAAAUGAUAACACAAAAUGAAGAAGUUCAACAUAAAUAUAUCCAGACAUAUACAUUUAACACCGUUUCUGCUUAAUUAUAUCAGAACUUAUGUUUCCUCAAAGGAUCCAGGGCUCAGCUAUUCAGGUUUAGUUAUUUCAUUGAUUCCUAAAUCACACACUGACUGCAGUGUGUCCUCAUAGUGAAGAGGAGUGAACCUGCACAGUAUAAACCAUGGACUGGGAAUAGGCCACCAGGGGGACAUCAGGACGCUGGGGCUUCACUUUGUGGAGCCGUCAUAUCGUCCAUCUUUAUUUCCAGUGUUUGGUGUAAGCACAGAAUCUCUGGUGGUUUUCAUCAGGUGGAAUCACACACUUACAAUUUGAAUUCACACGAACUCGGUGAAAGAAGUUGUGUAGAUGAGGAUGAAAUGUGCGAUGGUACGAAGGGCACGGGGUCAAAUCUAAGUUAUUAACAGACAUUUGAUGUCAUCUCUAAAACAUCUAAUCAAUCACCAUUCAGGGUAUUUCUAAAGCUUUAUACGCAAAUUUGUUAAACCCAUUUUUGUAAAAUGUCCAAAAACUCUGACAAAAUAACACAAAAAAAGCUUUAGCAUUAUUAACAUCAGUAUUUUAUAAGGAUGAGUUUGGGUUGUGCCAUAAGAGUGAAAUUUAAAAACAAAAACAUAAAACUUCAUGUUUCAGUCCCUCUGCUGCAGGAAGUCACCGAUGAUUCACGAUCACAUUAUGAAAUAAAUCUUUUUUUUUUCAUAUCUCGUUCUAAAAUCUCACUCGUCCAUGUUUUCUGUUAAUAAUCGUCCGGAUCAGUCGAAUGAUUUUGCCGCUGAUCUGAAGUUAUUAAGUGUUUAACGGGUACGAUUUCCAAACGCCAAAAAAAAAACAGAACUUAAUAUGAUUGUCGAACAAACAGUUUAAAAUGAAAUUUAAGCCUAUUGCUCUCAGAAGUUAUUGUUUUAAAACAUUUGUAUUUAUUCAACUUCACGAUGUGGUGCCGGUGUUUUCCACUUUGUGACUCAUCUCUCCUGAGGAGAUAUGGUAGCACUCCUCAUCCUCUGAUGUGUGAAGUCUUCUCCUCUCGUGAAGAUGUGGACGGACGUUCUUCUGCUUGUUCUCUGAUCGUCACUCCAGCAGAGACGUUUUGCUUUGUUUUGUUUUGUUUUGUUUUGUUUUGGAAAACUAACAACAACAAACUAGAAAAACGCCCACGAGAUCUUUUCUGUGAUGAUUCUGGACGACGGGAGAUUCUUGUUCUGUUUUUGUUUCGCUGUAAGUUCUGUUGUCUCAUAUGUUUUUUGUUUUGUUUUGUUUCAGCUCUUUGCCCGUUUUCCUAUUUAAAAAGUGUAGAUGUAAAAAAAUAUUGCAUUAUUUGAAUAAAUAAGAGAUCUGCUGUUUA